AUGCAGUGCGCUUUCUUUCCUGUUGUCCGCAGUGUUCAGGCGCAAGUAUUAAAAGGCAUCUAUUCUGAAAGAAUCCUCGAUGAAUGGACAGAUUGCACUCCUGUCAAGGCUGAGGAAAAUCCCUUAACAGACGAGCAGUCUCUUGACGGCAAUUACAUAAUGCUUCUACGUCCUCCAUGGGGUCUCGAAAAAGGAAUGGAAUACAAUCAAACCUUUGGAAUCGGACCUCUUGGAGCUUCGGGCAUUAAUAGAUUCCUUUGGAGUCUCCUUACAGGAAAUGUUUUUGAGGUCGAUGACGGGGCAUAUAGCUUUACCAACGAAAUUAUAAAUACUGUUGCACUGGGAGCUAAUAACGGAUGUGGAAAAACCGAUGCAUCUCAAUUGGAAUGUGUGUUGACCAAUAUCGCCAAAUCUAUAUCCACAAGUAUUCGAGAUUCUACAUACACUCAGUGGUCUGAACUUUAUCCUGCUGGCGAAACUUCUGGACAAGCAUUCACAAAUAUUUCUUACGUUGCGGUGCACUGGCCAUGGAUCAUCUCCCCAGUGCUAGUUUGUAUUUUGGGACUCGUCAGUUUAUUUGGAACCAUGUGGAAGAGUCAAAGGUGCGAUAUCCCGAAAUGGAAAAACGACCCCUAUCCACUGCUCUUUUUGUAUGAAGAGAAUCGCAGCAGUGGUGAUGAAUGUGCAAAAUCAGAGAAAGUUACAAGAGUCAAAUUAUGUAGGGAUGGUGAUCAGUGA